CCUCCGCAUAGCAUACUCUCUCUACUACCACCUGAUACCAGCCAGGUACUUAGCAUACCAUAUAGCCAUUGUCGGCACUGCAUCACUCUUUAGGUGUCUUAUUGACUGGCCUUUUCUCAUCGAGUUCCUUCAAAUAAUCACUACGCCAACAAUGGCCUCCUCUUCAGAGCAGCAACAGCAAGCCGCAUCGACGCCAUCCCCAGCCCCCUCAGACUCGGUCCAAUCCAACUCUUGGGAGCGAGUGGAGCGGAAAUUCUCCAACAAAUCUGCAAGUGAAUACUUCGAUCCAUGCCAGGACUUCGCGGAUAGGAGUCUGAAAUGCAUGAAACGCAAUGCUUUCGAUAGGGAGAUGUGUCAUGACUACUUUCAGGCUUAUCGUGACUGUAAAAAGCAAUGGUUGACGCAGAAGAAAAGGGCUUCCUAGUCUAGUACGCAGGCAAGAAACGGCAGCCUACCCCUUGAGCUGCCAUGAACCCUUGUCCCUUUUUUGUUCCACGAUGUCAUGAAGUCUCCAAAGCCAGCAUCGGACUGUGCCGCAAGCCAUUAUGUAUCGAGAUUGUAUCGAGACUGUCGAGGUCCUGGUGCACGAUAUGCUAUGGUACCAGAAGCUGGCUUUGUUUGGGGCAAGCAGGGAUUGUCGACCAUAUUCGUAUGGGGGCAUUCCUUGUUCGAUAUUAAGCCAAAGAACAAUGGAAGCCCGGGGUGAAAAAUGACUCCUUCACGGUGGGCCGGUUUUUCAGACAGGCGUUACGCUUCACUUAAAUGUUUUAGUCUUCUAUCUCCUCUCUUCGACUCCGGCUUCAUGUGUACUACUUGCAUCUGAUCUAUUUACUACUGGAAUGAGCGACUUUCUAUUUUGUCGCUUACAAUAACACAAU